CUCUCAUUAAAAUAAUCGUACUCAAAUACAGAUGCAAUCCUUAAAGGCAUUGCUAUGCGGCUGCAAUUCCAAUUAAAGGGAAAUCACAUUAUCGUCUGUAGCUCUCGAUGUGUUAUUAGGAGCAUUUUGAAUAGAGACUAACAGUAACAGUAGUGAGUGGAAGUGAGUAUAUUGGAGUAGACAGUAGUAAAGAUACGUCACAAGUAACUAUUCCGAAUGAAAGGACGUGUAGCGUGAUAGUCAGUAGUAUUGUACAUACAUACAGCAAUACAUAUGGUGUCCAAUGGCGACUUAGAGUAGUCGAUGGUGGGGUAGAUGGGCGCGUACACUCCAGUGACGUGAACUUGUGGCCCUAAAUUAACUGUAAUUUCACGCUGGUUGUAUAUUUGAGUGAAGCUGCGAAGAAAAAUAGGGCGUGACCAGUAGGUGCUUCACUUGGAAGUUUCGUGAAAAUAGCACGAAGAUGACCGUACUGCAAUCCUGCUGGUCGCCAUGUAUUUGGACAAACAGUGUGAAAACAGGAUGCAAGGCUAUCGCUUUUUAUACCACGGCGAUGUGCAUUGUGCUAAUUACACUGAUAUCGUAUCAACUUAAUGGUGGAGAUUCUACGCAACUAUACAAUCCUCUAUUUGAGACAGAUGUCAGAGGAUCUAUGCAAGUAGUUGGUGGUUUCUUUAUUUUUUACUUUUUGCUACUUAUUUAUGCCUCUGUAUUGAUGAUGAUUGGCCUUCAUCGAGGUGUACGAGGCUGGUUGUUGCCUUGGCUAAUAGGAUGGUUCAUUGUAUGCUUGUUCCAAUUAGUUUUUGGGCUAUGGCUGUUGGGAGGUUAUUAUAUAUAUCUUCAAUCUGUGUUUGCAACACUAUGUAACUGGCUCUGGAUGUCUUAUAACAUAUACUGCUGGUUGUGCGUCUAUUCGAUGUACAAAAUACUUGAAACUCUGCAGUCACCGAAUAUCGAACUAUUAUGGCCUUAAAUUGUUAUGUCUGUUCGCACACUGCAUUUGAUGAUAUAACUAAUGUUUUUAAGCUAUACAAUUAAGUUAUACGUUAUAUUCAUUGGCACCAAAGUAAGGGAGGACAUUUUAAUAAGCAAUAUUCUGUUUUACUGACUUGUACAAAGUGGUCAUUACUAAGUAGAAAUGAGAUUCAUAUUUAACGCACAAAUCAAUAGAGAUGACUCUUUAACUUUAAGUAAACUGUCUUACUUGCGUGUCAUUCCAUUAAUCGUGGAAAAAAGAUUAAUAUUUUAGAUUUUACAGAAUGACCGAAGACUGAAAUUAGUCCGAGAAUAGACUUCCGUCCAAAUUCGGUUCAUGAACUUAGAAUUUAUAGGUAAUUUAACAUUCGUCGCAUAUAAUGCUAUAAAAUAUAUUCCAACGAUACAUUUAUUCCAUAAUUCAAUUCAUGCAGUAAUUCUUAAAUAUAGAAUGUUACUCUCAUUCAUCACUGCAUAAUUUAGAUAAAUUUGGUUCUUUUCGUUCUUGAGAAUUACUAAUAUGUAAUUAAUACCUUCAUUAUUUGAUCUUAAUAUAUUUUAAUAGAGAUAUAUAAAGAGUAUAUUUUUAUUGUACUUUACCGUCCGGAGUUCAUUAUUUUGAAACAACUGUUAAACUUAGGAACAGUAAUAAAAUAUGAAAUAGGUAGAUCACGCAAAUAUUUGAUAUAGCGAUAUUGAUCGCGAAAUAGAAAAUUCGUAAUACACAGGAAAAUGUUCAUUACUGUAAGACAUAAUAGAACUUACAAUUAGAAUUUAUUUGUAAGCCUUAAAUUCAGUGUGUAACACAGUAAAGUGCCUCAGUAUUUCGGAAGUCUUGUAUUAAAUUAAAAAUAUCCUUAUUUUUAUCAAUUUAUAGAUCGUAUUUCAGGUUUUACCUGAAAUAAACUACUUAGUAAUUGACAUGAAAUAGUUGUCAAACACAAUUAAAUCGAUGUGUCACGUUAA